AUGAAUGACCGUUCUGUAUUGUACGUGAAUCCUGAGAAAUAUUGUAGAACCGUGCUACCAGCUAUCUUUGUGAAUAGGUACAAGUUAGAAAAUAUAAAACUGGCUACAGUUAACCUUGAAGAUGAUGAAUUUAAGAGAUUGUUUCCGUAUCAAAAAGUGCCAGUAAUAAGAACUGACAGUGGUAAGAGGUUGACAGAAGCCAUGGCUAUCAAUUACUAUCUUUUGAAGCUGUCCGGUAACGAAGAAGAAUGCAAAACGCUAUUAGGCCCACAAGAUGAUCCAUGGACACAAGCAGAAAUUAUUAGAUGGCAAUCUUUUGCAAAUGGAGAUUUUCUAAAUGAAAUGAACAAUUACGCAAAACCACUUGUGGGAUUACAAGCUUUUGAUGCGAAGGCAAUAGUAGAGGCUAAAAAAAGGGUAGACACAAUGGUACCAAUAUUUGAAGAUCAUCUUUCUAAACACAGAUAUUUAGUUAAUGAAAAUAUCACUCUAGCAGACUUGACCGCGGCUACAAGUUUCUCAUUCGGUUUCACAUUUGUACUGGAUAAGGAGUGGAGACAAGAGCAUCCUUCAAUUGUGAACUGGUUUAAUGAAGUGAUAAAUGGUGAUAUUUUGCGCGAUUUUUACCAAGACUUUGUGUUUGUAGAAAAGAAACCACACAUACCACAAUAA